UGUCAAGUUGGCAGUGACAGUACUUUACGUCCAUAUAGGGGAUCGUUGACACCAUUGUCCUUUCAACAGAUAAUGAGCAUGGACAAGAGUAUGUGUUUGCCGCUCUUGGUAUUUCUAUUAACGAUUUUUGCAUCUCAAGCUCAAAAUAAUGUUAUCAUUACGAAUAUUAUUCCAAACGUAAUUUCCGGAGAUCCACUUAUAGAGCAUGUGGAUGGUCAUUCCGUUACUGCUCAGUUCACGAUUGGCACUACAACAGGAAGUGAUUCCCUAACCGGAUCAAAUCUUUGGAGUUUGUCCUUCUACAUAGCCGAUUCAAGUGAAAAUCUUGUCACUGGGACACAGGUCGCUGCUACCUUAACUAAUCCCAAUGUUGGGAUUACUCCAGGGCAAACUUUUACACUGGAAGGAACAGCAAAUUUAAACCUGGACAGUAAAGAUUGUUCACAGCUUCCUAAAUUUUGUGCAACAUUAUCUGUUAAUCCAUCAGCAUCACCUGCUUUUACUCUAACACCGGACACAGGUUAUUCAACUACGAAAUGCACUGAUAUUAGUUGUGAAGGUGUGGUUAUUACAAAUGUACUACCUGCCCAAACAGAAGACAGAUCCUUGAUCCAAGGUACAGACAACAUUAAUGUAAAUUUGACUGUCACCUUGUCCUCUGACACAGACUAUGCAAGUAUUCAAGGAACUGGUCUGUGGAAAGCAUUUGCUUUCCUUAAUUUAGAAGUUAAUGGAACAGGAUCAAUACUACUAUACGCUGCUGUUGAUAUGCUGGAUUCUGCCGACUAUGGUCUUGAUAACAACGGAAUGUCAGUUUGGCCAAAGAUUCAAGCCGACUUUGAUCUUACUGCCCUUAGUUGUACUGAUUUUGAUUACGUUUGUGUGGAAGUCCAACAAGGCGAUAACCCUGCUCCUGACUUUACACUCACUUAUCAACCAAGUACAGCUGAUGUUGGCUGUGCUCAAAUACAAUGCACUGGGCUUGAAAUUCUCAGUGGUGCAACUUUGACUAUUACUGCUGGUUUCUUAGAAGAUCAAUCAACAACAGUUGCAUUUGAUGUUAGUUAUCCUACUGGUAAUGCUGGGGUUACUGGCGACAAUCUUUGGGACGUCAAUGUGUAUGCAAGUGCUAAUGCAGAUGGAAGUGGUACAAGGGUUAGUUCUCAACAAGUAGCAUUAUCAACUGCAAAUGCUGGAAUGGACAUAGCAAGUGUUGGGAACUCACUUGAUUUAAACAGCCUAAGUGUUACCAUGAACUUCAGUGGUCAAUAUUGUGGAGACGGCAACAUAAUGUAUCUGUGUGCAGUGCUGACAAAAUCUUCAUCUGCUAACCCAGACUUUGAAAUCUCGCCGUCGAGUAACACAGUUUGUCAAGCAGCACCUUGUACGGGUGUGUUGAUCUCUAGUGUGGUUCCAUCAACAUCCGAUAGCAUUUUGCAGAAUCGAGAAUCAACAAUCUCUCUUGAUAUAGACCUUACAGCCGAUAGUAAUGGCGGUAGUGUUAGUGGCACAGGACUGUGGGAUGUUGAGGUGUUCACAAGUGCAAGUGACACUACAAUUGCUGCUGUUGUCACUGCUACAGUUACUGUAGGCUCAGCUGAGAAUGAAGAUGUGACUGCUGGGUCAACAAGCACCCUGACAGGAAUAGCUGCAGUUUUUGACCUGACGUCUCAGGAGUGUAUAGAUGUACCUUUUAUCUGUGUACGUGUUUCUCGAGGAUCUCCGUCUGUAAAUUUUCAGUUGAAUGCUAUUAGUACUUUAGAAGGCUGUUUUGUACCAGAUUGUAAAGGAGUAAGCAUCACAUCUUUCAGGGUAAGGGCAGAUAACACUCUCUACAUCACUGAAUACCAAACAACAAUGUUAACAGCCUCUGUGAACCUUCAGGUGGUAACAGAUUUCAAUGAUGGCAGCGCUAUUAAUGGCCUUGACCUAUGGAAGGUUUUGAUAUACUUGAGUGGAAAUGCUGAUUGCUCUGGUACAGAGAGUGCUAUCAAAGAAGGUGACCUAUCAAGUCUCAGUGCUAAAACUCUUCCUGCAGGUGCCGUUGUUGGCUUUGAUGGUAUCACUGCAAGUUUGAAUGUCUCAAGCCUUAUGUGUUCUGAUAUGGAGUACAUUUGCGUAAAUUUUACUCGAAAUGAUGGCGAAACAUUUUCAUUGACCCCACUUGUUAGUACAGCAAGUGAUGACACAGAUUGUAGAGGUGUAUUAAUAACAAGCGUAGCAUUUACAGACAGCUUAGAAGUGAUUGAACUAUCACCUGCCUCGGAAAAUAGCAUCACAAUAACAUCUUUGAGUGUCACCUCUAGUAGUACUGGUGCAAGUAUCACAGGGAUGGAUUUAUGGGAGGCUAUAAUUUUUGUUAAUGCAGAUGAUAGUACAUUCCCAGAUACUCCAGUAGGACCAACCGAACAAUUAACUAAUAUGAAUCUUGCUGCUGGUAGUACAAUAACCUUUAGUGGCAUAACAACUAAUAUUGAUAUGACUGGUAAGACAUGUCUGGAUAAUGCUAUGUACAUAUGUGUCAAACUACAAAGGCAGUCCUCUUCAAAUCCUGAAUUCAAGUUAUCAGGCUCUCCAUCUGACAGUGAUUUAAUUGGUUGUCAACAAGUCACAUGCUAUGGUGUUUAUGUUACAGGAACGACCCUUACAAUCACAGGCGGUGAUGAAAUCAUUGAGAAUUCAUUGUCAUCGCAAAUAACCUUUACCCUUGGAAUAACUGCAAACGAUACUAGAGCAGAUGUAUCGGGCAGCAAUCUAUGGGCUGUUUCCUCAUCUAUCUAUUCCACUGAUGAUUUUACUAACCCUGAACUAAUUCCACAACAGAUUACCACUGCAGACGAUGCAAUCAGCAAUGGAAUAGGAACGAUAACCGGAGCAAUGGUAACAUUUAACAUUUCAACUCUCAUCUGCUCUGAAAUUAACUUUGUUUGUGUAAUUCUUGCGAAAGGGGCGGAGGCUGAUCCAAACUUCACGCUCGUCCCGGAUCCAGACAACACAGCUGUACGAUCGUGUGCAAGUCUUACUUGUAAAGGUGUCAUUGUCGAUGAGACCUCUAUAACCGCUGGUGAUGACCCAACCAAUAGUUGGCCAAUUGUCGAAGGAAAGGUGCAGAGUGUAUUUCUAGAUGUGACAGUUACAAGGGACACUACUUCAGCGACUAUAUCUGGAGAGGAUUUGUGGAUAUUUACAGUUUUCCUAAGUAAUGCAAGUGAUGGGUCUGGGACCAAACUCUAUGAGAAUGAUGCAACUUUGGAUACAUCACAAUCAACACAAGGACUGACCUCUGGUGCUCCAGUGGAAUUCACUAACAUUAAAGUUGAAAACUGGGAUCUACAGUCAUUUUUGUGCAAUGAAGCUGACUACAUAUGUGCAGAGAUAAAAAAGAAUGGUGCUACUAACCCAGACUUCACUUUUGAAGGAAGCACAGUCGGUUGUAUGCCUCUUCAAUGCCGCGGGUUUGAGAUUGCCGCAAUGACACUGACUGUAAAUGUUGGGGAUCAAAUCAUUGAAUGGCAACAAGGUCAUGCUGUGAACUUAAGUGUUCUCGUGGAUCCUGAUCCAACUUCAGCAUAUACUGAAGGUUCAAGUGAUUUGUGGGAUGCAAAUAUCUUCUUUAGUCCUGACCCUCAAGGGGAUGGCAUGCAGUAUGGAGAGUCAAGAGCCAAUAAUGGGGCCUGGGAGGAUGUUGAAUUUAUUUCGAUAUCCUCAAUGACAUUGUCUGGUGUUUUGGCGACUGUCAACCUUAAUGGAUCAUGCGACAAUUUACAAUAUAUAUGUAUAGAAAUUCUCAAAUCAAGUACUGCAACAUUUACAUUUGAUGAAUCUGAAAAUGAAAAUAUUGCAUGUACUCAGGUCACCUGCACAGGUGUGGUUGUGGCCUCAUCAAGUUUAACCAUUGAUAGUGGAACUCCAGUUAUUGAAGGAGGAUUCAACCAGAAUGUAAUUGUCACAGCUAAUUUUGUUCAUGAUGACCAAGGGGCUGAUGUGAGUGGAACAGAUCUUUGGGAAGUCGUCACAUUCGUUAGUGCCAGCGCAUCUGGUGAUGGAACCAGACAAGCAACGUCGCCUUCCAGGCCGACACCUGUAAGCAACACAUUUGACGACGACAAUGAUCUGCAGUUUUCAAGUGCAACAGUUCUUAUUAGCCUUAAUGAUGUUGUGUGUACAGCUGCCAAAUAUCUUUGUGUUGAAGUGUUGGAGAAUACGGACACAACAGAUGCCCCUUCCAUUGACUUCACCAUUAGUGGAGCAACUGUAGCUUGUACACCACUUGACUGUAAUGGUGUUAUUGUUCACAAUGUAACACUGGCAGUUACUGGAGCUGAUGAUCAACCUCUCUGUGAGGCUAACAUGUCAUUUCCCUUGGAUCUUAAUGUUGAAAUCCACUUAGCUAGUAACUCCAGAACUUUAAAUG